GUCCGAGGUUUGCUAUAAAAAGCCUGAGCUGCCUGCCGGACACUCUGUUCUGCUGACCUGGAGACCCCGCCGUCCAACAUGCAGACUCUCCUCCUUGUUGCGCUGCUCGGAUGCCUCGCCGCCGUGUUCGCGGCCCCAGCUGACAGGGUGAAAUGGUGCGUCAAGUCGGACAAAGAACAUGACAAAUGUGUGGCCCUUGCAGCCAAAGUUCCUGCCUUCUCCUGCGUGAAGAAAUCCAACACCAUAGACUGCAUCGUUGCAAUCAAGGCUGGUGAGGCAGAUGCCAUCACUUUGGAUGGAGGGGACAUCUACGCAGCUGGACUUAAGAACUAUGAACUGCAGCCCAUUAUUGCAGAAGACUACGGCACCUCCUCUUCGGACACAUGUUACUACGCCGUUGCUGUGGUGAAGAAGGGCACUGACUUUACCUUUGACCAGCUCAGGGGGAAGAAAUCCUGCCACACUGGGUUGGGGAAAUCUGCAGGCUGGAACAUCCCCAUAGGAACUCUGGUGUCUAUGAAUUUGAUUCAGUGGGCGGGCAUUGAAGAAAAACCUGUGGAGGAGGCGGUGAGCGAGUUCUUUUCGGCCAGCUGUGUCCCGGGGGCAACAAGAGGCAGCAAACUGUGUUCGCUGUGCAGAGGAGACUGCUCCAGGUCUCACAGUGAGCCUUACUACGACUACGCCGGAGCCUUCCAGUGUCUAAAGGAUGGCGCUGGAGAUGUGGCUUUUGUGAAACAUCUUACUGUACCUGAGUCUGAAAAGAACCAAUACGAGCUGCUGUGCAAGGAUAACACCAGAGCGCCUAUCGACAACUAUCAAAACUGCCACCUGGCCAGAGCACCAGCUCAUGCUGUUGUCACCCGCAAGGACCCACAGCUGGCUCAAUUAAUCUGGAAUAACCUCAAUUCAGCAAAGUCUCUUCCAGACUUUAACCUCUUCUCCUCUGAAGCCUAUGCACCUGCCAAAAAUCUGAUGUUCAAGGACUCAACACAGAAGCUGGUGCAGGUGCCCGCAAACACAGAUUCCUUCCUGUAUUUGGGUGCUGAAUACAUGAGCAUUGUCCGUUCCCUUAAGAAAGAGCCGACAGGCACUACAUCCAAAGCCAUUAGAUGGUGUGCUGUGGGCCACGCUGAGACGACCAAGUGUGACAGUUGGAGCAUCAACAGUGUGGGGUUGGACACCACCGCCAUUGAAUGCGCAAGGGGUGCCACAGUUGAGGAGUGCCUGAAAAUGAUUAUGAGUAAAGAGGCUGACGCAAUGGCAGUGGAUGGAGGACAGGUGUACACAGCAGGAAAGUGUGGUCUGGUUCCUGCUAUGGUGGAGAAUUAUGAUAACGAUCUGUGCAGCACCACUGGAGACACACCGUCUUACUAUGCUGUUGCUGUGGUAAAGAAGGAUUCGGGGGUGACCUGGGGAAACCUGGAGGGCAAGAGGUCUUGCCACACGGGCGUCGGCAGAACUGCUGGCUGGAACAUCCCUAUGGGUCUGAUCCACCAAAGCACUCAGGACUGUGACUUCACCAAGUUCUUCAGUAGCGGCUGUGCCCCCGGAGCAAACAUCACGUCUCCAUUCUGUACUAAUUGUCGUGGCAGUGGCCAAGCUGUGGGAGAUGAGUAUAAGUGCAAAGCGAGUUCUGAAGAGCAGUACUACGGCUAUGCUGGAGCCUUUAGAUGUCUGGUUGAGGGUGCCGGCGAUGUUGCCUUCAUCAAACAUACAACCGUUUCAGAAAACAGUGAUGGUAAGAGACUGACACUGGCCUGUCUUCAUCUCAAAUAUACACAAGUUUUUUGUUUUUUUUAUAAAACUACCAAACAUUCUUACACCUUUCUUGUCAAAGGCAAUAAUGUAGCACCAUGGGCUAGUGGUGUGAACUCUGCUGACUACCAUCUGAUCUGCCCUGGGAAGAAUCCAGUGCCAGUCACUGAUUACGCCUCUUGUCAUCUGGCUGGCGUGCCCGCCCACGCUGUGGUGACUCGUCCAGAGACCCGAAACGAGGUUGUUAAAGUUCUCCAAGAUCAGCAGGCCAAGUUUGGUAGCAGUGUCAGUGAUGCCACAUUCAAGAUGUUCCAGUCAGAGUCAGGAAAGAACCUCCUCUUCAAGGACUCUACUAAGUGUCUCCAAGAGAUUACAGCUGGAACAACAUAUGCAGGCUUUUUGGGAAAUGACUACAUGAUUGCCAUGAAUUCACUCAGAAAGUGCAGUGAAACCACUCCAGAUCUGGAGAAAUCUUGCACUUUCCAUUCCUGCCAGCAAAAAAACUAGUGGCAACCAUAGACCAUGCUGUGCCUCAUUCAGCCCUCAGCAAUUCGAGCACCAUACCCACUCUUCUCACACUCAACCCAAAAAUUGCAUUGUGUAUUUUCUUACUGAUUGUGUUGUAGACUGUUUUUAGAAGUACAACCAACAAAUGCAUACAUUGCACUAUGGCAACUUAUAAAACAACUAUCCUGUGAUCAAUCAUGUCCACAUGUAGCCAUUUUCAUGCUGAUGAAACAUAAUGUUUCAUUACCUGUUAUUGGAUCAACUAUGUUUCGUCAACACGUGCCUGACUUUUCUCAAAUAAAGCCUUUUUAAUGCUC